AAAAAAAAUAUAAAAGUGAGUUACACCGAGAUUAAAGUUAAUCUACAUUCGUAGAAAUGAAUCAGCAGUCGCAAUAAUCAAUACAUUUCACCAAGAGAAAGCAUAUAUUUUCAAACAGGCCUGUGUUCUCGCUCGAUAUUAAAAGCAGAAGAUUGAUUUAAUUAAGUUUUUUUCAGGUCUCGGAGACGAAUGGGGUGCCGUGCCACCGCCCAACAAUCCCUUAGAGACCACCAUCAAGGAACUGGGUUCGCAUCUCUUACAAACACUGGACGGGUUCAUCUUCGUCGUGGCACCGGACGGGAAAAUUAUGUACAUAAGCGAGACCGCUAGCGUGCACUUAGGUUUGUCGCAGGUGGAAUUAACGGGAAACAGCAUAUUCGAGUACAUUUAUCCGGAAGAUCGCAACGAGAUGGUUUCCGUGCUGAAUCUUCCGCAGAGCCCUGCGGAUCUGGCGGGUUUCACAUUCCCGCCACCGAAUUCGCGAGGUGAGAUCGAGCUGGAACGUGCCUUUCUCCUCAGAAUGAAGUGCAUCCUAGCGAAAAGGAACGCGGGUCUUGUCACGGAAGGAUACAAGGUAAACAAGAAAAAAUUAAUUUUUAUAAAAUAUUAAAUUAAUGCCCAAUUAAUAUAUCAAACGUCCUCGGGGAU